AUGGACCUCCUGCCCUCUGAGAUCCUCCGCGAGAUCCUCUCCCACCUGCCUCCGUCCUCUUGGCCCUCGGCGCGCCUCACAUCCCGCCGCUUCAACGCCGUACUCGCCCCGCAGUCGUUCCCGUCCGUCCCGUCCUUCAUCGACCCCGGUGCCGCGCUUCUGAAGCUCGAGUCGGGCGCUCGCCGGGCGCGGCGCCGCCGGGUGACUUCUAUUUGGUCCCCGAGCUGCUGCGUGCCCAUGGAUAUACCUAUUCCGCAGAGCUUCCUGCUCGCUGCCUAUGUUGCCUUUCGCUGUAGACAAUGGCGGCCGUUUGCUGAAAAGACGGGCAGGACCUCUGGAGAAUGGGAUUCGGAUAGCGGAAUCGGUAUAAGUGAGGAUGAUGUGGGCUCCGAGUCUCGGGGGCUGACGGUUGACAAAGUGGUCCAAGAUCUGCAGAGGGACGACGUUACCGAGGAGAGCUUGAGAGCGGCCAUGUUCCGGUAUGCCCUGUACUUGAGUUAUUUGUAUCAAGGGGCUGGAGAGGCGCCAUCGUUGUGGGUGUUUAAUAAGAAUAUGUGGCCGAGUAAAGAGUGA